AUAUGAAAUAAGAGAAAUCUUGUGGAAACAGACAGACAAGUCUAGAAACCCGGGAAAAUCACUUCCAAAACCUUCCAGUGACUCCACCUGGUGGCUGGCGUAAGAACCACCGCAACCCUCUCUCCCUACCCCCGUAUCACUAUAUAUGCACAGCUUUCAUAUCUGUGCUCUUGAUAUCAGAACCAGAAAGAAUCAAAUCCCAAAACAUCUACCAAAAAAAAGAGCAUUGUGUAGAAUCUGUUUUUGGUUUUAAUUCUGAGCUUGGUGAAAUCAAAUGGCAGACGUGCAGAUGAGGGCGACUGAGACCGAGACCUUCGCUUUUCAGGCCGAGAUUAACCAGCUUCUCAGUCUUAUCAUCAAUACUUUCUAUAGUAAUAAAGAGAUCUUCCUUCGAGAACUUAUCAGCAAUGCCUCUGAUGCUCUGGACAAAAUCAGAUUCGAGAGCUUGACAGACAAGAGCAAGCUUGAUUCCCAACCCGAGCUCUUUAUAAGGAUUGUGCCUGAUAAGGUUAACAAGACCCUUUCUAUCAUCGAUAGUGGUAUUGGGAUGACUAAAGCAGAUUUGGUGAACAACCUUGGUACAAUUGCAAGGUCUGGUACAAAGGAGUUCAUGGAGGCAUUGCAGGCAGGGGCUGACGUGAGCAUGAUCGGGCAAUUUGGUGUUGGGUUUUACUCGGCUUAUCUUGUGGCUGAGAAGGUGGUUGUGACCACAAAGCACAAUGAUGAUGAUCAGUAUGUUUGGGAGUCUCAAGCUGGAGGCUCUUUCAGUGUUAGUAAGGAUGUUGAGGGAGAACCACUGGGCAGAGGAACCAAAAUCACCCUCUUCCUCAAGGAUGACCAGUUAGAGUACCUGGAGGAAAGGAGAUUGAAGGACCUUGUGAAGAAGCACUCUGAAUUCAUCAGCUACCCGAUCUAUCUCUGGACUGAGAAGACUGUUGAGAAAGAGGUUAGUGACGAGGAGGAUGAGGAAACCAAAAAGGAAGAGGAAGGUGAUGUGGAAGAGGUUGAUGAGGAUAAAGAAAAGGACUCUAAGAAGAAAAAGAAGGUCAAGGAGGUGACCCACGAAUGGGAACUUAUCAACAGACAGAAACCCAUUUGGCUCUGGAAGCCAGAGGAAGUCACCAACGAGGAAUAUGCCUCAUUCUACAAGAGUCUUACUAAUGACUGGGAGGACCCUCUUGCUUGGAAGCACUUCUCUGUUGAAGGGCAGCUGGAGUUUAAGGCGCUACUAUUUGUUCCUAAAAGAGCUACAUUCGAUCUAUUUGACACGAGGAAGAAAUUGAACAAUAUCAAACUUUAUGUAAGAAGGGUGUUCAUAAUGGACAACUGUGAAGAGCUCAUUCCUGAAUACCUUGGAUUUGUUAAGGGCGUUGUUGAUUCUGAUGACCUGCCACUCAACAUAUCUCGUGAAACGCUGCAACAGAACAAGAUUCUCAAGGUGAUCAGGAAAAAUUUGGUGAAGAAAUGUAUUGAGAUGUUCAAUGAAAUAGCAGAGAACAAAGAGGAUUAUAACAAAUUUUAUGAAGCCUUCUCCAAACACAUCAAGUUGGGUAUCCAUGAAGAUGGUCAAAACAGAGCGAAGCUUGCCGAUUUGCUUAGGUACUACUCAACCAAGAGUGGUGAUGAGUUGACCAGCUUGAAGGACUACGUCACAAGAAUGAAAGAGGGCCAACAAUGUAUCUAUUACAUAACUGGUGAGAGCAAGAAAGCUGUUGAGAACUCUCUGUUUCUCGAGAAGCUCAAGAAGUAGGGCUAUGAAGUACUUUUCAUGGUUGAUGCUAUUGAUGAGUAUGCUGUGACACAACUGAAGGAAUAUGAUGGGAAGAAACUAGUGUCUGCAACCAAAGAAGGCCUGCAGCUUGAAGAAUCAGAGGAGGAGAAGCAGAAGAAGGAAGAGAAGAAAAAGUCUUUUGAGAACUUGUGCAAGACGAUUAAGGAAAUCCUAGGAGACAAGGUGGAGACAGUGGUGGUGUCGGAUAGAAUUGUGGACUCUCCUUGCUGCUUGGUUACCGGUGAAUAUGGAUGGACUGCUAAUAUGGAAAGGAUCAUGAAAGCUCAGGCUUUAAGAGAUAACAGUAUGAGCGCUUACAUGUCUAGCAAGAAAAUCAUGGAAAUCAACCCAGACAAUCCCAUAGUGGAGGAGCUUAGGAAGAGAGCUGAGGCUGAUAAGAACGACAAAUCAGUGAAGGACCUGGUGCUGUUGCUUUUUGAGACUGCCCUUCUAACUUCAGGUUUCAGUCUUGAUGAUCCCAACACAUUUGCAGCAAGGAUUCACAGGAUGCUGAAGUUGGGUCUGGGAAUUGAUGAGGAUGAGGCUGGCGUAGAAGACGUAGAUAUGCCAGCGCUGGAGGAAGAAAGAAAUGAGGAGAGCAAGAUGAAGUAGACUAAAAGAGGUACCCAAGUGUAUAACAGGCAUGCACUAGAUCAGUAUCAGUGAGAGAAAUAACGCCCCUAGCGUGGAAGUGGCCAAGUCCUUCAUGAAUCUAUGGUCUAAAAUCUCACUUCGUUUCCCAUGUAUCAUCCUUCUUUGUUGUUGAGGCUUGCGAGUGGCUUUAUUCCACCUCCUCUGUACAGUGCUUGCAUAAAUAUAAUAAAGUUGCGUAUCCUUCCAAGUAAA